AAUUAAGUAUAUAAAUCAGAGUCGUAGUGAGUGAGAUACAAGUCACCUUUUCUUGGGAAGAACAAAAUAAAAGAAUGGGUAACAGUGGCUCAAAAGUGGAUCAAAUACCAUUCCAGGAACUGGAAAAACCUUGGAGGACAUUUGACUGGAAUCAGAAAAAUGUGCUGAAAGAACGCCUAGAACGUUUUGUUGUGAGUAAUAAAGAUGUAAAGGACAUCAAGAUCCUGGUAACUGGACAAAUUGGAGCAGGAAAGUCUAGUUUUAUUAACUCUGUCAUCAGUGCCUUUCAAGGAGAGAUUGCUAACGAAGCAUUAGCUGAUUCAACUCUUGGCCAGAGUCACAGUUUCACAAAAAAACUCACUACAUAUCGCAUCAAGAGGAGUGAGACUGAAUAUUUGCCUUUUGUCAUCAUUGACAUAAAUGGCCUUGAACCUGAAACAACGACUAUGGCACAAAUAACUGACACAAUCAACUGUGUACGUGGUCAUGUGAAGGAGAACUACGAAUUCAGAAGAGACAAACAACUCACUCCUGAGGAUGAGGAAAAUUACAAAAAGGAUGCUGACAUCUCUGACCAGGCUUUCUGCCUGGUUUACGUCAUGAAUACAAAUUCUGCCAGAUCCACCAAUGAUCGACUUACUGAAAAUUUAAGGCUAAUCCGCCAGGCAGUCAGUGAUGAGGGAAUUCCUCAAGUCAUUGUCAUGACCAAAGUGGAUGAAGCAUGCUCACUGGUGAAAAAUGAUCUAAGGAAGAUCUACACUAGUAGUAAAAUCAAACAGAAGAUAGAAGAGUGCAGUGCCAGUGUGGGGGUGCCAAUCAGCAACAUCUUUCCAGUAAAGAACUACCACUUUGAGACUGACACAAAUUAUGAUGCUGAUGUUCUUAUUCUAAAGGUUUUUGAUCAGAUUGUGCGUUCCGCUAAUACAAGACUGAGAAAAGGUGCUUUCAAAUGAUGCUUUAGGUAAAUUGGAUACAUUUCACAAACAAGCUUUAUUGGCUUGGAAAGUGGUGUAUAAGCACAAUUUUCCCUAUAUAUAUAUAUAUAUAUAUAUAUAUAUAUAUAUAUAUAUAUAUAUAUAUAUAUAUCAUAAUAAUAUAAGAAUUAAACAUAAAAAGAAAUCUCUCCUAAAAAAGAUGGUAUGAAAAUAAUAUCAUUUUAAAUGCAAUUAAUGCCAAUUUAUUAAUUUACAGUGAUUGUUUUUAAAAUAAAUUUGGAUUUCCAGUUACACCAAAGGAGAAUGAUGUUGUGUUUGAUGCCAUACCAAAUUUUUAUAAGAACUUGUGGAAGUGAUUGACAUUCUUAAACACAAAAGUACUAACCAGCAUAUUAGAAAUAUCAUAAUUGGUGAAUCAACUAUUCAUACAAUUUUAUUAUGGAGGUCUGUGUUUAAGAAUGUAAACUGGAUCCAGGAGAAUUUGUGAUAAAUAUUGUUUUAAGAAAAUAAGAGGUCACAUUUAAAAUAUGACAUUGAAUAUAUCCAGCUAAAAUGUAUAUGGGAGAGAUUUAAAUUAGAUAUUGAUUAUUCCUUUGUUUUUUGUUCAUUAGGAAAAUACUCUUUUGUUCAUCUUUUUUGUAAUUUUGUAUACACAAAGAUUUUUUGGUUGGAUAUGGAAAAUUUUAUUAGAUUUGAAAACGUAUAUUAUAUUCUUUAGGCUGAAGGAUUUUAAUAUACUGUAUAUGAAAAUAUUAUUUCAAUGACAAUAAAUAUAACAUAACCUUUU